UCAUGUGACAUCUGUGGGGCAAUAUUUUACGCGUAUGAAAUUCCGACAGCAUUCUCAUUAUCGUGCUCAACGUGGGACGUCAAUGUCCUGCUUGCUGUCGUGAUUAUUACAAAAUUGGCCUCGAAUUUUCUCCUGUUUGUGAAUUUUCCCGCCUGGCCGUCCUCAGUACAACAAGUGCACCUGCCAGGCGUAUCACCUGCGAACUUGAUUUUGCCGCAAAGACUAUCGGGUAACAAAAUGGCGGCCGAAUUCUGAUAGUUCAUAAAUCUGUGUACGACAGGUCUAACCACUUUUACAUCCUUGGAUUAUUUUGAUCACGUAACGGUCAAUUCAAUUCUAGUAAAGUGGAAGCUUCCCUUGCCAUAUUCAGCUGGUGUAAGAGGAGGUAAUGGAGGAAGUAGUGUGACACAAAAGGCCGGAACUCCGGUACGGAAUCGUGUUGCAUGUUUGCGUGCCGAAGUUGACCUUACAGAGACGUAGACGACAUUUGCAACAGACGAGACGGGGAACAGUAGGAGGAAAUGUGACAGACCCCGUCAGUGUCUGAGUAAACAGCAGAACCACGCAUUCUUGACGCAGUCAUCCCGGGAAAACCCGCCGUCCUCGCGCCCACUGAUUACUGCGUAAUCAUGGAGCAGCGGCCGACCAGACCACAUCCGGUCGGCUCUCACGCCGGGGCAGACAGUAGUAACGCACUCGCACCGCCACAAGCAGCACAUCAGUUCGGCAGUAGCCACGGCUCAAGAUCAAGCUAUUUUCAGAUGCUGAGUGGCAUAGCCAGUGACCUGGACAUCAUGCUGCAGGACCUGUGCAGUACCUACCCGUUCCCUGCCGGCCAGGGACACACAGACAUGGCAUCACCACACGCCCCCUCCCCUGCCGGCCAGGGCAACAUUACCCACCAAAACUGGAAAGAAGAAGGAAGUCCCAGCCGCCCUGGUGGGACCGGUGGGAGUCCAGAGCAGGACAAGGGUGAGUAAUGGACGCCUCUGUAAAUAUUUAGAAAAGAUGGGAGAUAGGGAGUUGUACUGAAGAACAUUUCCAGGUGACUUGAGCUGUGUGUGUUGUGGUAGUUGCUGAUACAAGUAUUUAGACAUGGUGGAUUGGUGAAGGAGGUGGCUGGCAUGUGUUAGGCGACAUGGAAAUCUUGGCAACCUUUCUGCACAUGCCAGGAGCACAACAGCUUCAUCAGCCUGAAAUCAGAUCUACCUUACUCAUUAGGAUCCUUUUUGAAAGUUUAACAUGUUGUCAAAGAUUGAGGAGUGUCUGAGCUUCAGUUUCAAGAAAGUGGGAGGAAGGAGAUGGUGGGAGGAAAGUUGAGUCCUUGGAAGCUGACAAUAGGAAACACAGCCAGCCUGAGCCACCUUCAGUUAGAAUUGAUACAAUGCAGCUUGCUAUGAUUUAUGUUUCAGCAAAAUUACAGCAAAAAAAAUGUCAGGUGAUUAGAAACAAAACCUUAGUGCCUGAAGCUGUUACAUUCCUCC